AUGGGGCGGCUCGCCUGGAGCGCUUUGCUGGCGCUCUCCUGGCUGCCUUGGGUGGCAGGUGGAGCUGCUGGCCCGGCCAGCUCAAGAGGUCACAGGAAACUCUUAACUGUGAAUCAACCUGGGGUCUGUCGCUACGGUUCUAAGCUUGACUGCUGCUAUGGCUGGAAAAGGAGUAGCCAAGGGCAUUGUGAAGCCACCUGUGAACAUGGCUGCAAGUAUGGAGAAUGUGUGAUGCCAAACAAAUGUAAAUGUUUCCCUGGAUUUGUAGGGAAAACUUGCAGUCAAGAUAUAAAUGAAUGUGGAUUGAAGCCACAACCCUGUGAACACAGAUGUAUGAACACUCAUGGCAGCUACAAGUGCUAUUGUCUCAAUGGGUAUAUGCUCAUGCCUGAUGGUACCUGUGCAAAUUCCAGGACAUGCGCCAUGGCGAAUUGCCAGUAUGGCUGUGAAGAGGUGAAAGAUGAUGCGAGAUGCUUGUGUCCCUCAAGUGGACUGCAGUUGGCACCAAAUGGGAAAACGUGCACAGAUAUUGAUGAGUGCUCUACUGGCAAAGCUAUGUGCUCUUUCAGCCGUAGGUGCAUCAACACAUUUGGAAGCUACUACUGCAAGUGCCAGAUUGGGUACGAAAUGAAGUAUGUGAAUGGCCGAUAUGAUUGUAUAGAUAUAAAUGAAUGUACAGCAAAUACACAGAAGUGUGAUCUCCAUGCAGACUGUUUCAAUACUCAGGGUUCCUUCAAAUGCAAAUGUCGAUUGGGCUACAGAGGAAACGGAUUUGAAUGCUCUGUUAUUCAUGAAAAUUCUGUGAAAGAGAUUCCUAGGAUUUCUGGAGUUGCCAAAGAGAAAUUUAAAAAACUGCUUGUGCAUAAAAACAGUGUGAAAAAGCAUGAAGACAUCAAAAAUGUGAUUCUGGAACCUCCUGUGACUCCAGCGUCUAAAGCUCAUGUCAGGCCUUUAGACUAUGAAGAUGGCAUAUAUGUAGAAGGUCCCUAUAGCAGACAGGAGAAAGGCACUGAAGAUGCUGGAAGAGGUGACAGAGUAGAAGAGAAAGGAGAGGUAGCAGGAGAAAGAGAAGACCAUGAAAACCAGAGUGAGCCUGAGAAGAAACUUCGAGGAGAUGUUUUUUCUAAAGAAGCUGCUGCUUUUGGUCCUCUUCCUGUGCAAAGGAAAUUUCCAGUAGAAAAAACAGAACUGGAAGUGGACUGCAGCUUCGGUCAAGGGACUUGUGCCUGGCAGCAAGAUGCAAGUGAUGACUUUGACUGGAAUCCUGCAGAUCAUGAUAAUGGUGAUGGAUAUUACAUGGCAGUUUCCGCCUUUAUGGGGCAAAAGAAGAAUGUUGGUCGCUUGAAACUUCUCCUUGCAGACCUCAAGCCAAAGGGCAUCUAUUGUCUCAUUUUUAGUUAUCGACUUGCAGGAGACAGAGUGGGGAAACUACGAGUAAUAGUAGGCAGUGGCAGCCAUUCUCCUUCCUGGGAACAGAGCAUGGCAGACGACGAACGGUGGAAGACUGGACAGAUGGAAGUAUAUGUGGGGACUGAAUCAUCAGUCAACAUCACUUUUGAGGCAGAACGUGGAAAAGGUAAAACUGGAGAAAUUGGAGUGGACACAGUUAUACUGGUUUCUGGCCUCUGCCCUGAAGACAACUUAAUGCUGGAUAUCUGA